AUGGCGUCCUUUAUAAACAACAAAAACGUGGGAGUUUGCGGUUUCGUCAAUUCUAACGAAUUUAUUCUUUGGGAUGUGCCUCAUAAUGAUGUAAACGGUGAAUUAAUUUCACAUAAGUUAAAAUGCAUAGCGAAAAGUCAUACUGAGGAAGAUAAAGAAGUCAAUUCAAACGUAAAAGUGGAGGUAAAUGACAUUGUGUCUAUUGCUAUAUCCAAUAGUUUUAAGUUUAUUGCUGCUAGUGAUUUUCGUAAUUCUUUGUAUUUGUGGGGAAAAGUUGAGUCUUCAUUCAAACUGAUCAGUGUGCGCUCUUUAUCCCGAAGGUGCCACAAAUUGAUAUUUACUAAUUCAGGUUCAAAUGUGAUUGUCUCUGAUCGAGGAGGUGAUGUUUUUCUGUUUUCUGUUAGUAAUUUUGAUGACUCUGGAAAAUUAAUUUUAGGCCACAUUUGUUUGAUUACUGACAUUGCCAUAUCGGAAAAUGAUGAUUAUCUUGCGACUUGCGAUCGAGAUGCCAAGAUAAGAAUAUCGUGCUUUCCCAACUGUUAUAACAUUCAUAGUUAUUGUUUAGGACACCAGGACUUCAUUUCUUCCUUGCAUUUUCUUCCUUUCAAUAACGAAGUACUUUUUUCUAGCUCUGGUGACGGUACUUUACGAUUAUGGAAUUUUAAAAGCGGUACAGAAAUUUGCAGUUUACAUAUUGAAGAGAAAAUAUUUUUAGAAAAUAAAAAAUUAGAUGAGGCUUCUAAAAUAGAAAAAUCAUCUCUUUCUAAAGAAAAGAAAAAUGAAAAUGAUUCAAAUAGUGCUGUAAAGAUGGUAACUUACUGCAACAAGUUUAAGAUGUGUGCUGUUAGCUUUCAUACCAGAGUAGGAGUUGCUCUGUACGAAAUUGCAGACAAGAGCCUAAGUUUUAAUUUUGUGCAAUAUAUUUCACUCUUAUCAAUUCCUUUAUCUAUAUCUUUUGAUGCAAAUGGCACUUUGUUUAUCAUUCUCGCAAAUUUAGAGAAACCAAUUUUAAUGUAUGAAUGUUGUCCCGCUAACAAAAUGCAUUUUACACAAGUAACUGAUGUUAGUAAGACUUGUGUUGUGCGAGAAAUAUACAAGUUUUGCCCUGACAUACGGGACAUCAAAUCUCAAAAUGAUUUUGAAAUAUUAAAGAAACGGGUAUUUGAUGAUGAUGAAACAAGUUGUAACAAAAAAGUAAAGUAAUGUGCUAAUAUUACUAAGGUAAAAAUAGUGUAUUUUGUAUGAAAGUCUAGAAUUGUGAAAUUUUUUUGUAAUUACAAUGACUAUGAUUUAAUUUUGUAAUAAAACAUACUUGUAA